AAAACAAAGGUUAUACAAAAAAGUUGAUGAAAUAAUAUAAAAUUGAGCUCUCAAGUUUUGAAAAGUAAUAAGAAAAUAAGAGUAUAAAGAUAAAGAUAAGAAAUAAAUAUUAACCGUUGGUCAAUAAGAAAAAUAAGUAAAAAAGAAUAUAAAUAAAGAGCUAAAGCAAACGAGAAUAAGCUAAGGCGAAAUAUACAUAUAUAUAUUUAUUAUUUGCUAAUUAAGGCCAAACACAAAUAUUUGCCGGCGGCAAAUGUUUAACCGGUAUUAAGUGUUUUGUGGGAGUGAAGUUGAUUAAACAAAAGAUAUCUAACAAAAUAAUAAAUAAAAAAAUAAUACAAAAAAUAAAUAUAAAUAAUAAUCAAAGAAAUAAAAGUGCGUGUUUCGCGUUGAGCAACAUGUGUGUUUUCUAAAAAACAAAGUUUCCUAAAUAUUAAAGGAAAAUUAAAGGAUUAUAACCUUGACAGAGUCUUACUGGAAGGAUUCCAAAAUGUGGCUGCAAAUCCUGUUCAUUUUACCCGCCCUAAUUCAGGGCGUUCAGCGUUAUGAUCAGAGUCCUCUGGAUGCGAGUCCUUAUUAUCGCAGUGGCGGCGGCUUAAUGUCAAGUUCUGGAACCGAAUUGGAUGGUUUACCCCAUCACAAUCGCUGUGAACCGAUUACCAUUUCGAUAUGCAAGAAUAUACCCUAUAAUAUGACCAUAAUGCCAAAUUUAAUUGGUCAUACAAAGCAGGAGGAAGCCGGCCUGGAGGUGCAUCAAUUUGCGCCUCUCGUGAAGAUCGGUUGCAGCGAUGACUUGCAAUUAUUUUUGUGCUCCCUAUAUGUCCCCGUUUGCACUAUUUUGGAACGUCCCAUACCGCCCUGCCGAUCACUUUGCGAAUCCGCUCGAGUUUGUGAGAAACUAAUGAAAACCUACAAUUUCGAAUGGCCGGAAAACCUGGAGUGUUCCAAGUUCCCAGUUCAUGGUGGCGAGGAUUUAUGUGUGGCGGAAAAUACCACCUCAUCGGCUUCCACGGCCGCAACGCCCACCAGGAAGGUGACAACAAGGAAACAUCAGACGGGAGUGGAGAUUCCUCAUCGGAAUAUAGGAUUUGUGUGUCCUGUACAGCUUAAAACACCAUUGGGAAUGGGAUAUGAGCUAAAAGUUGGAGGAAAGGAUCUCCAUGACUGCGGUGCCCCGUGCCAUGCCAUGUUCUUCCCGGAAAGAGAAAGGACCGUGCUGCGUUACUGGGUUGGAUCCUGGGCGGCUGUCUGUGUGGCAAGUUGCUUAUUUACGGUGCUCACCUUCCUGAUCGACUCGUCGCGUUUUCGCUACCCGGAGCGGGCCAUCGUCUUCCUGGCCGUGUGUUACCUGGUCGUUGGUUGUGCCUAUGUGGCAGGUCUCGGUGCCGGGGAUUCUGUGUCGUGCCGCGAACCAUUUCCGCCGCCCGUAAAGCUGGGACGUCUGCAGAUGAUGUCCACCAUCACACAGGGCCAUCGGCAGACCACGUCCUGCACGGUUUUAUUCAUGGCUCUGUACUUUUGCUGCAUGGCGGCCUUCGCCUGGUGGUCGUGUCUGGCAUUCGCUUGGUUUUUGGCCGCCGGCCUCAAAUGGGGCCACGAGGCGAUUGAGAACAAGUCGCAUUUAUUCCAUUUGGUUGCCUGGGCGGUGCCCGCCCUUCAGACCAUCUCCGUGUUGGCCCUGGCCAAAGUUGAAGGCGACAUCCUGUCUGGAGUUUGCUUUGUGGGCCAACUGGACACCCACUCGCUGGGCGCCUUCCUCAUCCUGCCGCUGUGCAUCUAUCUCUCGAUCGGAGCUCUCUUCCUACUAGCCGGAUUCAUCUCGCUUUUCCGCAUCCGGACUGUGAUGAAGACGGAUGGCAAAAGGACGGACAAGUUGGAGCGGUUGAUGCUAAGGAUUGGCUUCUUCUCCGGUUUGUUCAUCCUGCCCGCCGUGGGAUUGCUGGGUUGCCUGUUCUACGAGUAUUAUAACUUUGAUGAGUGGAUGAUUCAGUGGCAUAGAGAUAUAUGCAAACCCUUUUCCAUACCUUGUCCGGCGGCAAGGGCACCGGGAUCGGCAGAGGCCCGGCCCAUCUUCCAGAUCUUCAUGGUCAAGUACCUCUGCUCCAUGCUGGUGGGGGUCACGUCCAGCGUGUGGCUGUACUCCAGCAAGACGAUGGUCAGCUGGCGGAAUUUCGUGGAGCGGCUGCAGGGCAAGGAGCCCCGGACACGGGCGCAGGCGUAUGUCUAGUAUGAGACGGGUCCGGCCAAGUCCGCGCCCAUAACCCCCGAUCCUGAUCCGGAGGCGGCCAAGGAGAGUUACUUAGAGUUUAGCACAUAAACCAUAGAGACCACACCAUACACACUCUCACCCAAAACAAACCCCAAAAGCAGUCGUAGUUCUUAGUGGCUUUGUAUAAAGUUUGUAAUCUUUUUUGUUUUUCCUCAAAGAAAGAAAGAGAAAAGGACCGGAAGAAAAUCAAAAGUUGACCCUAGGCUAUUGUUUAAACCUUGAGAUAUAAUUAUUAGUUGAUACGGAAGCAAGCUUGUUGAACCAAAACUAUGCAUAUAAGUUGAGACUCUAGCCGUAAGUCAUUUGCUUUCGUCGUAUACGAACUAGUAUCACCUUCGACCAUCCAUCAGUUUUAUUCUUUGACGCGACUCGUAUGUUAGGUUCUGAUUUUUUGAAAGCUUUAAAUGUGCCCUAAAAUUAAUGGAUAUAGAGUGUAGCGUAGAUAUUACGAUUACGAUUACAUGAGUGUUAGGCGGUAAACAGGACGUCACAGGACACAGUUCACUUCCCACAAGAAAACACAACUAUAAUUGCUUAACUGCAGCUAUGUACAUGUAUAAACGAGAAAAGGAAACCAUAAACUAUUUAAAUGUAUUAUGUAGCAAUAAAUGUCCUCCAUGUGCUAAACUUAAUGCAAAUACGAUUAUUAUAAUUAUAACUGUAACUCUUAACUGUAACUGUAAUUCUAACUGUAAUUGUAUAUUUGUUGAACUAAUUAAUUCUAAACGCGUAUGGAAAUAAUUUGUAAUUCAAUUUUUUAAAUGACGUUGUAGUCAUAGCACCUAAGUGAACAAAAGCAAAGCAAAAAAAAAAAAACUAUAUGCAAACAUUUUGUUGCCACUUUAUGGAAAUUUUUUCCCUCACCCAACCCCACCUCUGUCUCUCUCCACCCUCCUCACUAAAUAAUAGUUAAAGAGUUGAAACUGCCAUUUAAAUAUUUGUAGACACGUGAAAAAUCACCGAAGAACUGUUGAGCAUUUGUUUUCAGCGCAUUUAAUUGACUCCUCGAAUUAAAUUGGCCCCAGUAAUAUACACAUGUGAAAUUAAUGUCCAAGCCAGAUUUGUGUAGCAUUUAAGCCGAUGGGAAUGCAUAUUAAUUAUAUAGCAACUAUUGAUAGUCGGUGUAACAUAGCGAGUGCCCCGCGGCAAGCGAAACAAUUAUAUAAGUGUAUAAAUUCAGCGUAAAACAUUAAGAGCUUCAAUGGAAGCAUCCACACACUCACACACACGACUCACAACAAAACGA